AUGCUCCUCUCACGCCACGGUGGCCUUUCUCCACCUCGCCUCGCACUGCCGGGUGACCCGCUGCUGCAGAUAAGGCGCCUAGCAUUGCGACCUCGCACCACCCUGGUGCUAAGUUACAGUGACUGGCACCAUGUGCUCCCAUCCCCUUAUCCCUCCCCACCUGUGCAUCAACAAUUGCAAGCCCUGCAGCCAUUUGGGCUGGCAGGUGCCUCCCUGGCAGGAGCUGCACUCACAGGAGACAUUCAAGGGGGGGCUGCUGCCCUCACAAGCGCUGCCCUGACAAGUGCUGCCAUGGCGGGCGACAUUCGGGCGGGUUUUCUGCAGGCAACUGCCAUCCACGGAGCAGCAAUGCAGAGUUUCAGGAAUCAUCCUCUUCUUUUCCCUUUUCGCGCUCACUCCCAGCUUCCCUGUGCGUCCUCCUUCCUGCACUCUUCGCUGCUCCCCCUACUCUACUCGCCCCCGUUGAGCGCCUCUCCCCCGCUGGCAGGGCAAAAGGGGCGGCCAGGCGGAGGGCGUGGGGGAGCAAGGGUGGCCGGUGAUGGGAGGAGUGCGGUGGAGGGGUUGUGUGGGGGACGGGGACGCAUGCCCCACUGCCUCGGGUGGGUUCCCUGUGGUGCGUGGGUGCUGGGUGCUGGGUGGAUGACUGCACACGAUUGGCGAGCAACUCCAGCAGGCACGGAGGGCCAGGGGAAGGGGGAAGGGGAGUAUCUUAUGGUGCAGCUCCGAGGGGGACUCAACCAGAUGCGCGCAGGGAUAUGCGAUGCAGUGGUGGUGGCGAAGAUGCUAGGGGCCACCCUGGUGCUGCCGCUGCUUGACAACUCCUCCUGGUGGGCCGACGGCAGCACAUUCUCCGAUGUCUUUGACGCGCCUCACUUCAUCCGGUCACUCGCCCCCUCAGUGCGCGUGGUGCCGCACCUACCUGCCACGCUCAGAGGCCUGCCUCCUGUCGUGCGCACAGUGCCCAAAGCCUCUUCUCCGGACUAUUACAGGCAGCACGUGCGCCCCCUUAUCAGGUGGGUGAGUGGCAUCAAGUAUGUGGCGCUGCAUUUAAGGUACGAGCCUGACAUGCUCGCAUUCACCGGGUGUGACUAUGGCGGAGGGAGAAAAGAGAGGAAACUGUUCGAGAGAAUCAGAAAGCGGUGGCCAGAACUACCCGACCAGAACCCCAAGCAGCAGAGGGCCAAGGGCAAGUGCCUCGUCACUCCCUUGCAGGUGGCAGUGGCCUUAAAGGCACUAGGCUUCACCCCCUCCACGCGUCUCUACAUCGCAUCGGUUGAGCUGCACGGGGGACCUUCCGCCCUGCGUCCUCUGCUGCAGGCCUUCCCCUUCGCCACUGACAAAUAUUCCCUUGCUCGCUCCCUCGCUCCUCCUGGGGGGAAGGAGGGCGGGGUGGUUGACAGGGAUGGGUCACGAAGGGAAGGCGGAGAGGGUGGGGCAGCAGAGGGUGCAGCAGCAGAGUGGAGAGGUGGGGGAGAUGAGGUAGUGGGGCGAGGGGUACUGGAGGGGCUGCAAGGGAGGAAGACGCUGCUGGCAGCGGUGGACUAUGAGAUGUGCCGGCGGGGGCACAUGUUGGUGCUGAACAACAAUGGCAACAUGGCUCACGUGCUUUUGGGGCAGAGAAGAUACGACGGUGUGGGAAACACAGUGCAGCUGUUUGGCUCCUCCAUCCUCCGCCUCCUCACAGCCAUCCAGCAAGGCGAUGCCAAGAGCGCUCACAAGCUACGCAACCAGACUCUCAGGGGAGAUGACAGCAGCGGGAAGGCUGCAGUGAGAGGAAGCUUCUAUUCGUUUCCCCGGGAAUGCUUGUGUGAGAGAUCGGAUCAUGUGCCUGCUGGUAUUUAUUCAUGA